ACAAAAAAGUUUGUAAUCAAUGUCUGGUCUAAUAACGAUAAAAUUCAGUCAUCAAUCGUUAAUUGAUGAAAACAAAUGGAAACUUUAUCGAAGAAAAAGACAAAGAAAACUAAACCAAAAUUUAUCGAUUUGACCGAAGAAUAUAAUAAUGAAGAUGUGAUUACAACCGUCGCCACCGAAGAUCAAUCAUCUGAAACAAAACCAUUGAUUAAUGUUAACGAAUAUUCAGACAAUAGAGAAUUGCCGAAACAACGUGAGGCCACAGUCAACAUUGACAACCAACCGUCGGCGCCGCCCGAAGAGGAUUACCAGCCGUGCGGUUUGGCCGAUGAUAGGACCAGACAAGAAUUUAUGGCCAAAGUUUUUGCCGUCAUUUUUGCCCAAAAAUCACUCUUCUGUGUCUUAAUUGCUAUCUUUACUUAUAUUCCCCAUUUGAGAAAAAUUUAUCGCAAAUGGGUUUUCGAUCCAUUAUUUUUAUCAUCAUUGAUCGGAGUACCUCUCAUCGUAUUUGUUGCCCUAUUGGCCAUUUCACCGUCAAUUAGGCGACGAUUCGCCAAAACUGCAUUCAUAAUAAUUACGGCAUCUUUAAGUCUACUCAUGAGUUACGCCAUUACCCAGAGAGCAACGGCCAACGCUUUUCUCUAUUCAAUGGGUUUUAGCGACUUCUGCGAUCUGGCAGUUAUUGUAGGUUCAAAAGCGAGACGAGACUUCACCAAAUGGCGAUACAUAGCCAUUACGCCAACCAUUAUGGCCGGCAGCAGUUUCCUGGCGCCAACACUACUCCAAACUUCAUUGAACAAUACAAUUUGGCCGUCAAUUGUUAUGACCGGAUUAUCUACUUAUUUGGUCUCUAAUACCCGACCGGUCAUCAAAUACAAUGAUCUCGAAUUGGAACCCGAAGAAUAUGUUUUCGCUGCCACUCAACUAUAUAUGCAUCCGGAAAGAGCUAUCAAACAUCAAGUGAAGAGUUGGUUUUGCGGAUCAAAUAAUGAACGACAACAACGAAAUAGAAAUGCUUAUACAUCUAUUUGAAAUGAUUUAUGCGUUUAUUGGUAUAUUCAUUAUAAAUCAUUUAAUAAAAUAUUAAGUUAUAAUUUAAUUGACAACAAA